AAAUUAUUCGUGCAGUGUAACCUCCAAUAAAAGAAAACUAAACCGCAUAUUGUGUCAUGUCUGUCAACACUGGAAACAUAGAUAUUGUUAGAGAUCUCGGAGAGAAACCUGUGCCACUGUGUCCACAUGGACCCACUUUGUUGUUCAAGCGUUACGAUGUUGCCACUGGGAGGGAGCGUCAAUUCUUUGCAUGCUCUGCAUUCCGUGACAGAAAGUCUUGUGCCUUUUUCCAAUGGGAUGACAAAGAGCCAGAUGAGCAGAAUGAUGUCAGACAGAAGUGUUUGUAUUUGCCUGCCCUCUGGCCAUCUGUUAAUCAUGCUGUGAUGAGGAAAAGAUAUUUCAAAGUUAAAAGGUUGGAUAAAGCAAAGAGGUUUCUCUGCGUCAACUGUGGAUUGCUUCUCCUGCAAAACGAAGUAGAGAAACACAAAAUUCUGGGCCAUGUCUUGCGGAAUCCCAUUCCAAAUAAAUUGUUGAAAACACCCACCCUACUGUUCUCACCAUUAGAAGACAAUAAAACAUUUGCACAAUAUCUCUUUGAUGACAGAACGGUGAACUUUGUCAUAGAGACCCUCUCAAGAAUGAAAAUCACUCAUGUGCUGUGCAUUGGAUGCCCCAGGAUUCAUGAAGCUGUUCAGAGAAGUGUAACAGACUGUGCACAGGGUUUGACAAGUCUUCUGCUAGACUUGGACCAUAGAUAUCUUCAGAUAUACUCCCCCUCUAAGUUCUGUCGGUACAACAUGAUGAACCAUCACUUCUUUGAGGCCAAGAGAGAUCGAGUUACAUAUGAGGAGUUUAUCUCUAGAACCGGCAACAAAAAGGUUGCCAUGGUUAUUGACCCUCCAUUCGGCAUCAUGGUGGAAGCCCUGAAUGCUACGCUGUGUAAAAUACAACAUGAGUGGAAGGGACAUACUGAUGAAGGGUCAGACUCUGGCAGUGCCAUGCCAGUGUUUUGGUUCUUCCCCUAUUUCAUGGAGCACAGAGUGCUGGAAACAUGCAAAACAUUUACCAUGCUGGACUACAAGGUGGACUAUGACAAUCAUGCAUUGUUCCGUGGAGAUAAGGGCAGAAAGAAGGGGUCCCCAGUGCGCAUUUUCACCAAUGUGGACCCAGGAGAUGUCCCCUUGCCAGAAACGGAUGGAUACUGGUACUGUUCUUCAUGCAAGAGGUAUAGCAGCUCAGUCAACAAACAUUGUGAACUGUGUGCAGCCUGUACCACAAAGGAUGGCCCUACGUACAAGCACUGUGAGAAGUGUGAACGCUGUGUAAAGCCAUCCAGGGUCCACUGUGAGACUUGUAACAUCUGUGAUAUACCCUCACACUGCUGCUCUGAUGUGAGGAAAAAAGGUUGCCAUAUAUGUGGAAGUCUUGAUCACAAACGCCGGGAUUGUCCCGUGAAAACUGAAGACAGAAGGCCAACAUUGAAGAGAGGUCACAGCCAGUCUUUCCAGACAAGUCAUGCAAAGGUUCAGGGAAAAAAGAAGAAAAGAAGAUAAAACAAGAACAUAUUGCUAAAUUUAUAUUAUUUCUAUUUGUUAAUUAUUUUUCUGGAGAAGCCUCCAAAGCAAUUCACCACAAGACUGAUUUUGGAAUAAGCGUCUUAAUUUUUAGCUUGGCUGUUUUCGGAGAAAACCCGAGGUAUUGUCAUAGCCAACUCAUCGUGUCCGCCGUCUGUGUCAAGGUUUGUUAAGGUUUUGAACAUUGGCUCUAAAAUCAAAGUGCUUCAACCUACAACUUUGAAACUUCAUAUGUAUAUGCACCUUGAUGAGUUUUACACGCCACACCCAUUUUGGGGUCACUAGGUCAAAGGUCAAGGUCACUGUAAUGCUGUCAAGCUUUUAUUUAUUCAAAACUGCACCCGCAGCCGAGCGUGGCACCCGCUAUGCAGUGCUCUUGUUAUAUCAUUGUUGUAUUGCAAGUGUUGUUAACACUCACUGUGGCAUUAUGUCAUACAUUAGCAAUUGUUCUUAACUUGUUUUAUGGAACUGAAACUACUUGUAGUUUUUAAAUGUAUAGGAAAACAAACCAGCUUUAUUUCUACAUGAAUGUCCUAAUGCGUUUAUUUAUUUCAACAUAUACGGUAAGAUGUGCCUUAUGUAAUUAAAUUAUUUAACAUUUUCA